UUUGACGCCGGGGGCAGAGGGAAUCCCAGGCGGUCGAUGAGGCGGAGAGGAGGGGUGAUGAAGCGAGCCUUUCCUCCGGGGCGCCGAGGGAUGCUCGCCGACAGCAGCGAAGCCGCGGGAGGCGGAGCAGGGCAAUAGUGGGCAGCGCUGCCCCCGCGGUGCCUUUAAGAGCAGGGAGCGGUGUCCUAGUGCCGCCUAAAAAUAGCGUGUCCCUAUCCCGCCUGGGUCCCGUGUCGCGCCGCGGUGUACCUCUCCAGGGCCGGAACCGCGGCCACCUUCCUCCCGGCGGCCGGCCGGGGACUGCAGACGCCAGGUGAGAGCCGGAGGGAGCGAGCCAGUGUAGGGCUCAAGCUGUCUGUCGAGCCGGUUUUGGGGCUCUAAAACCAUCUCCGUCCCUGAAAAAUUGGUGGCAGUACCUGCAGAACAGCGGGGAGCGCGGGGAGCACGGGGAGGAGGAAUCGCGGCUACCUGUGGGAGUGGGGAGAGGGCGCCAGCCGUCACUUCUGCCCCUGCUGGUGCGUGUUAAUCGGGUGCUGCUAAGGAGCACAGUCGAGGCGGGGGCAGGGGGAGGGACGUGUCAUCACCUUUUCCUGGCAGGGACACCCACUCCACUCGGUGUGAGCUCUGCCCCCCAGCAAGGCCCCGUGGCCACCCUCGGCACCAUGGUGAGGAACGUGGAUGACUUUGACUUCUGCCUGCCUUCACAUGCCCAGGGCAUGCUGGAGGGGCUGCAGCGGCUGCGUGCCAACCCCAAACUGGCAGAUGUGACACUGGUGGCCAGCGGGCAGGAGUUCCCCUGCCACCGCAGCAUCCUGGCCCUCUGCAGCCACUACUUCCAUGCCAUGUUCUCCGGCAACUUCGCCGAGAGCACUGCAGCCCGGGUGGAGCUGAAGGAGGUGGACCCCGGUACCCUGGAAAUGCUGCUCGACUUCGCCUACACAGGGAAGGUCACCAUCAAUCAGGGCAACGUGGAGAGGCUGAUGCAGGCCUCCAGCCAGCUCCAUUUCCCCACUAUCCAGAAGGUCUGCAGCCGCUACCUCCGGCAGCAGAUGGAUGCCAGCAACUGCCUAGGUAUCUACGAGUUCGGCGAGAGCCACGGCUGCCCUGAGGUCUCCUCCAAGGCCUGGUCUUUCUUGCAGGAGAACUUUGAAGCCGUCUCUCUGCAGGAGGAGUUCCUCCAGCUCUCCAAGGAGAGGUUGGCCAUCUGCCUCUCCAGUGAGCAGCUGCAGGUGCAGGAGGAGCAGAGCCUGGCCGAGGCUGUGCUGCGCUGGGUACGUCAUGACCCAGGGCCCCGAGCCCAGUUCCUGCCCGAACUGCUGGAGCUGGCCCACCUUGUCUCACUGCCUGACCAGUACCUGCAGAAUCUUCUUGCCACUGAGCCACUCAUCCGUGACUCGGAUGCUGGCAAGGCCCUUGUCGUCCGAUCCCGUGCCACGAGCAAUGCUGGUGCCUGGAAGAAGCUCCCAGCCUUACAACAGAAGCUAGAGGAGGUGCUGGUUGUGGUUGGUGGGCGUGUGCUGGAGGAGAGCGAGGACGAGGACAUGGGGAUGGAGGUGCCAGCUGCCCCCAGGAACUUUGCCUUCUACAACCCCAAAAGCAGGCGGUGGACAGCUCUGCCCAACUUCCCCGAUUACAACAAGUGGGGCUUUUCCCUGGUGGCCCUGAACAACACUGUGUACGUCACAGGAGGCUCCAGGGGAUCCCAGAACGAUACAUGGUCGACAGCCCAGGCCUGGUGCUUCUGCCCCAGGGACGGUGCCUGGAAGCCCAUCGCUUCCAUGCUGAGAGCACGGACAAACCACACCAGCGCUGUGCUCAACGGUGAGGUCUACGUCAUCGGGGCAUCCUGCCCUGCAGGGACAACAGUGGACAGGGUGGAGGUGGAGCGCUAUGACCCGUACAACAAGAGCUGGUGUGCCAUCAGCCCGGCCCUCAAGUACGUCAGCAACUUCGCAGCCUCCAGCUGCUUGGGCAAGCUCUACCUGGUGGGCUCCUGCGCCGUCAAGUACAAUGCACUCACCUUGCAGUGCUACAACCCCGUCCAAGAUCUGUGGAGUGUGAUCACCUCCCCCUUCAUCCCCAAGUACCUCUCGGCCCCACGCUGUGCCACCCUGCAUGGGCUCAUCUACCUCAUCGGGGACAACACCAAGAAGGUCUACGUGUACAACCCAGAGGCCAACAUCUGGCAGAAGGUGCAGCUGCUGCACACACUCCAUGAGAACGGCGGGAUGGUGCCGCUGGGCGACCGGCUCUUUGUCACUGGUGGCCACUGGAAGGGCAUGGAUGGUGAUUACCAGGUGGAGAUGGAGGUGUAUGACUCCACUAAGGAUCUCUGGACACAGGAGGGCUCCUUGCCCUGCCUCUGGCUCUUCCACAGCUCCUCCUCCAUCUUCAUGGACACCUCCAAGUGGACAGAAGCUUUCCAGGGGGGCCACGUGUGAUGGGAGAGCCUGCAGGUGUGGGCUGUCACCCUGCACAGCCACUCUGCCUGCUCCCUGGUCAAGCUCCCUGUGUGUCCCAUGCAGCCAGCACAGUGAAGAGGCUUACCCUGAUAAACACUUUGGCUGAUGC